GCGCGGGGCGGGCCGAGAGCGCGCGCGGGGCCUCGCGGCGCGGCUCGUGCUUUGUUUCGCCGCGGACUCUCGCCCUCGGGCGCGCGGCGGCGGCGCGGAGCCCGGGGACCUGCCGGGGUGGCUGCGCCCCGGCCUGCGGUGGAGGAGCGGGCGCGACCCGGGCUCCCGUGCCCGCGGAGCAGCCCCGGGACACUCCAGGCCAGGCGCCGGGAGAAAAUGGCUGUGGCGCAUCACGGUGCAAAGACCGGCGGAAUGUGGGAGCCACCGGGGAGCCGGCAAAGGGAAAGCGAAACCCGCGGGCUGGGCUGGUGACGGGCGAAGGCGCCGCACCGCCCUCCCCACGCCGGCAGUCCGCAGGCCUGCCUCGCGAACCUGCCCGGCCCAGCCCGGCGCGCCGCAGCGAUGGCCAUUGCGCACCUUGCCACCGAGUAUGUCUUCUCGGACUUCCUGCUGAAGGAGCCCUCGGAACCCAAGUUUAAGGGGCUGCGGCUGGAGCUAGCCGUGGACAAGAUGGUCACGUGCAUCGCUGUGGGCCUGCCUCUCCUGCUCAUCUCGCUGGCUUUCGCGCAAGAAAUCUCCAUUGGUACCCAGAUAAGCUGCUUCUCCCCCAGUUCUUUCUCGUGGCGUCAAGCUUCCUUUGUGGACUCUUAUUGCUGGGCGGCCGUCCAGCAGAAGGACUCCUUGCAGGGUGACUCCGGAAAUCUUCCAUUGUGUCUGCAUAAGUUUUUCCCCUACAUCCUGCUGCUGGUGGCCAUCCUGCUGUACCUGCCCUCCUUGUUCUGGCGUUUCGCAGCUGCUCCUCAUGUUUGCUCAGAUUUGAAGUUUAUCAUGGAAGAACUCGACAAAGUUUACAACCGCGCAAUUAAAGCUGCAAAGAGCAUGCAUGACCUUGACUUGAGAGACGGUGCCUGCCCAGCGCCAGAAGUUAAUGAGAACAUGGGGCAAAGUUCACAGGAAAGCCACUUCAGGUACCCAAUUGUGGAACGGUACUUAAGGACAAAGAAAGCCUCCAGACAUUUAAUCGUCAAGUACAUGAGCUGCCGGGUGUUGUCACUCAGCACGAUACUGUUAGCCAGCAUCUACCUGGGCUAUUACCUGAGCCUCUCCUCCCUCUCGGAUGAGUUCGUCUGCAGCAUCAAAUCUGGCAUCCUGAAAAAUGACAGCAGCGUCCCUGAUAAGUUCCAGUGCAAGCUCAUUGCUGUUGGUAUCUUCCGGCUGCUCAGUUUCAUCAACCUCGUAGUGUAUGUUAUGCUGGUUCCGGUCGUGGUCUACUCCCUGUUUGUUCCUUUCCAGCAGAAGAUGGAUGUUCUCAAAGUGUAUGAAAUCCUGCCCACGUUCGACGUUCUGCAUUUGAAGUUGAAAGGGUACAAUGACUUGAGCCUCUAUGUUCUUUUCUUGGAGGAGAAUAUCAGUGAACUCAAGUCGUACAAAUGUCUUAAGGUCCUGGAGAAUAUUAAAAGCAGUUGUCAGGAUGUCGACCCCAUGGUGCUCCUGACCAGCCUCGGCAUGAUCAAGAUGGACAUGGUUGAUGGUAAAAGUCCCGAGCCUGUGGAGAUGACGGCAGAGGAGCUGGGGGACCAGACAACAGAGCUGCAAGAUUUAAAUGUACAGAGUGAAACAAAAAUAAGUAAUAGAGAGAAGAAUGCCCGUCAGAGACUUCUGGACACUUCUUGCUGAUGAUUUUUGUCCUGUGAAAUUCAGAUCGGUGACUCUGACCUGGGAUUCGUUUUGGCUGCAGCACCUCUGGCAGGCACCUCUGGCAGUAAAUGGUUCUCAGCAGAGGUACUGAGCAUGUCUUACUGAGGCCCUGGUGGAAACAAUGGUCAACAAACAUCGUGGAGGGUGGUUCAUGAACUUCCUAUGAGACAAUGCGGAAACAAGUAAGCCUUGGCAAAUGUCAACGCGAGCAUCCUCAUCAGAUGGAAAGUGGUAAGGUUAAUCCCAGGAAGAGGAGUAGCGCUUUAGUGCCACAAACAAAUGCCUUUCUGUGCACAUGGUGCAAAGAGCCUCCGAACUACAGAGAGCAAGGACUGGGGGAGCUUUUUGUUUUAUGGGAUGAUAAUAACAGGGUAUAAUUUAAUAUGAAUCUUGUCUAUGUCCCAAUGACUAUUGGAGGAGAAAACAUUCACUGACUGACUCUGGACCCGUGGGGGCCUCUUCCUGGAGGUGCCCUAUGCUGGGAGAAUCGCUGGUGCCUCUGUUCUCAUAGUCAGGCUCUGGGCCCUGCCACCUGUCACCCUUGGCCGACUGAGACCCUCUAACCACCAUGUGAUGCCCUGCACUGCAAAGGGCAGUGGACCCAAGUGCUGCUCUGGCUGAGAACUUUGUUAAUAAGGUAGAGUUGAAAGGAUGUUUAAUUGUUGACUUCCAUGCAGCAAGGAAUGCUUCUAAAUGAACCCAGUGGGGGAAAAUGAACAUACAGAACAAGUUAAAGUGACUACUUUAGAAGAGGUUGUCUUCAGGGCAUUCCUCUUACCAAAAGCAUUUGAGACAGGAUGUUACUGAGGCAAAUUCACAGAACACAGAAGGCUUAAAGUGAGGGACAUUUUUUGCCUAUUAGGAUCAGAAUGUAUGAAUGACAUUUGCCAUGUGCACAUUGACAUGUGCUCAGAGCCAGAACAAUUUCACAGUUUAUAUUUAAAAACAUCUUUGAAAAAUUCAUCUAAUUUUAGAAUUGUAUGAUAUCAGAAUUGAGGCCAUUUGGGAAGAACAUUCUAGCAUUAAUGCGGAAUUAUAGAAUAAAUGUUACAAAUAGGUAUAUUGUAUAUCAACCAAGCGUUAUUUCGUAAACAUUCAAGGCUGACUGGGAAUAUCAAAAACCUUUUCCCAAUUCCAGUCAUGUAAAUAGAUCCCAACUAUGUUUACAUUUUAUGCAAAAUUCUUAAGGACAUCUGUGGACCUUCCUGUUUUUAUUCUUGGAAAGUUAAACCUAGUACAUUGCUACUGAAUAAUCCUCAGGAACCUCAAGGUUUAUGUGUGGGUCUUAGGGACAGUUGUUUACGUGAUCUAAUUACAUAAGCUGCUCUCUGCCUUUCAGAAUAUUCGCAGAAGUGGAUUUUAUUUGUGCCUCUGCGAUGGUUUCUGAGAUGGAAAGCUAAUAAUAAAUAUCCAGGAUGCAAUCAGUGUUUUAAAUUAUUCUUACUGCAUAAUAUUUAUUACCCUUGAAUGUGUGACUUAGAAAUGUCAGUAAUCUAACUCAUCUAUUUUGCUACUUUUUAUAUCACUGUAUCAGAUGUUUUAUUGUAGUGCCCUCCACCUGUUUCUUUGUGUAAUUUGAAAAUUUUCUGAAAUAUAGUUUUCUAUGACUUGAUUUUUUUUCCCCCCAAAGCCUCAGAUUCUCUAUAGACUGCCCCUAAUUUAUAGUUUGAAGUGGAUACGUUAUUAUAGGAUAUCAGGAACUCUCUCAGCCCUGUCACAUGUAAUUCUUUAAUUAGAGCCCUUAACGUCUGUGGAUCCCCCCCAUCCCUACUCUCUGAGUUCCAGUAGCAUCUGUGAUGUCCCAGAGGUCAGCUAGUGACUGGCUGCGUGGAUGUGAAUAAGGCUGGUGCCCACCUUCGAGGAAUUCAGAGACUAGUAAAAGGCAGUGAAGACAGAGUCAGGUACCAAGAGGAAGAGUAAUAACCCCAAUGAAGGUCCUUCCAGAGAACUCCUAGCAAACGCUGUGUUCUUGGGGAACACAAUACUGUUUCUCUCUUUCCCAUCAUUUGUAGCUGAUAGUUUUGAGAGUAUAGUUAUUGCUUGUCCCGGAAGUUCUUUAGCCAUGUAUCUCCCAAGCUGAAGCUUGAGCAAAACAGUAACAUAGACAGUGAUUUUGAACAGAAAGAGCUCCAAUCGCACUUUGUACCUUACCUUGCAGGACAUGAGGAACACAAGCCUGGAGGUACAUGAUACUGUCCGUGAACAAUCACGGCAGUAAGAGGCUAAUGGGGACAUCUGGCCAUACAUUUUGACUUGAGGAAAAGUGUUACUAGGAAAGUUAACUUCUCCAUCUACUGCUGGCUUAGGUGAGGACUACCUUUGAGUAGAUUCCCAAGGAUGAGGAAUCGAUCAUUGCUUUACAAAAGGGGGCACACAGAUCCUAAAUGACUGCUGCCAAUAGCAGCUAACUUUGUUUCUGGCCAGUGUCUUCCUAAUAAACCACUUUACGUCCUCUAACCCAGGCUUGUAGCACCCGUGUUGUGUCUGUGGUCUGACCGACUGUUCUCACAGCAGUGGCCGGCUCCUCCUUUAAUUUCACCAAAUGACAGGCAGACAUGCUCUUAAGACAGAGGCUCUUAAACUUUUAGGAAGUUACAAACCCUCUUGUAAAUAUAUUUUCUAAAGCUAGGGACCCUCUUCUCACACACACACACAACACUAAAUACCCUUCAGGGGUCUUCGUGGUCCAUACACCCCAGGUUAAGAAGCUGGGCUUUAAUGGCUGGGGACCAAGCCACGUGGCAGGGAGGGUCCCGUAGCCCUUGUGGAAAGUCACCGCUCCCAACAGUAAGUCUCAGCUGCUCGUUUACGAUUAGUGUAUGCACACUUAGAAUGAGCUUUCCCCUUGAGGAACUGACAUCGUUUCCUCAAGUCAGACUGAAAGAGUCCAUUAAGGGAGCAGGGGGCGGGCAGUAGCCCGGCCUGAUCAGGGGUCCACGCAAACUGCGUCCUCUCAGCCUCCAGACUGGCAUCAUCCCCUGCAGCCAGCCUUGCUGGGCCGGGGGAGGGUGGGCACACCCCUGACCCGCACAAUGCUUUGUCCUACUUCAUAAGUGUCCUGGGAGAAAUGGAGAAAUGUGCCACAUUGUAUGGCAGGUCCUGUUGGGUGUUCAUGUUUGUUUUGUGGAGGCUUCCUGUUCUGAGCACCCUCUCCUUUGCAGGGAUGAGCUAUGCUGGGACAGCGGCAGGCCACUGCAGGCACUGACCCUGUGAGAAUUGUUCAACUCUUAGAACUGGAUUGUUGCACAGCUUUUAAAAUGCAUGCAUGUAACAGUUUGGCAAAGAUGACAUUGUGUUGUUUAUGGAAUGUAAUACACGCUCAUCUGUGAUUGGUUUGUCCUGCCUGCUUUAGAUGAAAUGUAUUGUGUUAGGGGGUUCUCUUAUUUGCUGUAAGAAUACUUGUCUCUUAAAGCACGUGUUUUGAUCAGUCAUUGUUCCUGAAAGUUGUAAGUUUCUCAUGCCUUGAAUACUUUCUCUGUGCCUCAUCAGAAGAGGAAAAAGGAAUUUUACAAUAUCCCAAGGGUUUUCUACAAAAACUGAAGCCAUCAGCUCCUCUUUAACAAGUUGGCUUUUUAAAAAACACAAUAAUGACAAUUUAAUGAUAUUCCAUAAAGUGGUGCUCUAGGCAUAAUUUACAUUCUUUUUAAUGACUACAUUUCUUUAAACCUUUUAAAGAAAAAUAUGUGGUUUUUUUUUUUUUCCUUUCUGUGUCAUUUGGUAAGAAUGAUUUGGUUUCUAUUCCACAGAGAUUGAAGGAUGGGAACAAAUUACAGUCUUAGAAAAUGACUGUUGAAAACCAAAAGCCUUGAAAACUCUGUAUUUGGGUGAUUAUCACCAUUCUGUUUCAUAUUUCUACAUAAGUCACCUGUCCACACCCUGCCUUCUGACCAUGCUGAUAUUUAAGGAGAGUUGAAAGGCUGAACACCAAGGCUGCUAUGUCUAUAGGUAAAAGUGAAAUGGUGUUUUUGUUCUGCACUGUUGUGUCUACCUUAAAUAAAACUUUGUUUCUAAUGAAAAA